AUGAAAGAUCAGGGCUGUUCGCUCGGUCCGCUUUGCACCUGCCGGCGCCAUGUGCACCGGAGCCCCACGCGCCCCCCCCCCAAUAAGCUGACCCCCAGCACGUGGGAAACCGGGGGAAGAGAAGCAACCCGCCCUGCCCAGCCGUGGGGGGAGAGGAGAGCCGCCCAGACCCUCUCCGCUCCGCGCGCAGUUCCCAAAGCUCCGGCCAGGGGCCGCCCGCCGCCGGAACUCCCGGCGCCCCCUCGACGGCUGUUACCUCGCUCGCUCGCUCGCGGCGCGCCGGGAAGCCGAGCCAACCGUCCCUCGGCGCUCCAGCAAGCGAAGGAGCCCUGGGGGGCUUUUGUCUCCGUGCAGGGGAUGCUGCCGGCCGGCCUGGGCGUCGCUGCUGCUGGUGCUGCUGCCGGCGGCGGCGGCGCCUGCCCUGGGCGUGUGUGGCCGGAGGGCGCGGAGGAAGGCGGAGUGGAGGAGGAGGAGGCGGCGGCGGCGGCAGCAGCGCCAGAGACGCACAAAGCUGCAGCUCCUGAGUUAGAUGUUGCAUGGUGUGUUGCAGAAAGGCCUGAUGUUGAAGUUAUCUCCAUCCUUCCUUAGCCAACAAGGAGUAGUGAGGAUUAUUAUGGGAAGAGUUGUCCUGGCCUUCAGAGUGAAAACUUGCUUCUGGCAGCUAAUUCCAGAGGAGUGAAAAUGCUGAAUCUCUA